UGGCACAUGGCCGUUGUAUAGGAUCGCAUAAAUAGAUAACAAAUUUAUCAUCUUUUUGGACAAUCAUGGAAGGCAUUUGAGGGCAGUUGAGAUGGUAGACGCCCAGGGAGAGACUUUGCCACCGGUUCUCAAGGAAUAUCUGCCUGAAUAUGAACCAAAGAGAAGUGAGUCCCGAGGCCCCCGGCAUUCCCUCAGCAAGGAACCGUCCAGGCCGGUGCAGAGGAAGGAAUCCUCAGGAGCUGCCAGUCAGCCUCAUCCUCAGCCCCAAGGAUCCCAGGAGCUGCCCCGAGAAAAGACAAACUCAUCCCUACGCAGUCAGGCAAGGCAUCAGUCAAAUCAAGAUGCGCAUAACGAGAAGACUUACAAGUACUGGCAGCAGAUAAAGAAUGAAGAGAAAGAAACAGAACACCGCCAUCUGCAGAAGAAGCUUGCACUCCAGAGGGAGCUGAUACGUGCCCAAGAUGACUAUGCAACGAAACUACGCGAAUUUGAGCAAUCUGAACAAGAGAAGCUUCGCCAAUCUGCCAGAGAUAGCAAGCAAGCACGGGAAGAGGCUCUCUUGAAAAUAUGCAAGGAGUCACUUGAGUCUGACCGCCAAAAAGCCAAAGAAGUACGCGCAGCCAGCCAAAUGAAAAAAGUUGAAUCGCCCAUGCCAGAAAGACGAAAAAGCGAACCGGACUCCCGGCGGGGAUCCUUGCGUCAAGAAAUGCUCAACGUUCCUGGCCGGCGAAUAUCAACCAAUGAGAUGUUAGAGCCUCAUAGUAUAUCACCAGUCCCGGAGGGUGGAGGAAUGCCCGAUGAUCGUACUCAAGAGGAAGACCGAUCAUUCGUCUUGACAACAGAAGACUUUGCAAAUCUUCCUUGGCAUCACAUCCAGUUGUAUAAACUUUACGGCAAAAAAGCGAAUGAUUACCUCUAUCCGAAAAUGGAACACAAAACAGUCACCACGAUCAAUCCAAAAUUACGCCGUCAGGGGGGUAAGAGUAAAAAGGGACGUGCUGGUGCUGAUGUAUUGUGGGACACGUUACGAGAGGACUCAAAACUGCGUCUCUUGAAAGAAGAUACAAACAUAUCGCAAGAUUUAAAGGCAGCAUAUGGUGCUUUUGUGCGCCAGUCCCUUGGCAGACACCAAGUCCCAGUCAAGCGUAACUUUUAUGCUGAGGAGGAUGUGCCAGACAUCGCCGUCCUGAUGGACCAAUCUGUCAUCAGGCGAACACAAGACACACGCCAUAAGGUCGAGCUCAUGUUCCGAUCAUCCGUGAACAACGAAGAUCGCGCCAAAAUCUUGAGCCAUAAUAACCCGAUGCCUGAUUUCAACAACAUGGAAGGCGAUGAGAGCAUAGAUAGAUAUCUUCCAUCUUGGGCGCCUGAUGAUGACACAUCGACAGAACGCAGCUACAAGAAAUGGAUUCGGCCGCGGCUCUCUGCGCUAAAUGAAACGAGAAUUCCAUCAGCCUCAUCGCAUUCUGACCUUGAAGAGAACCAUCGUAAUGUACCAGCACCCGCUAACAAUGUCAUGGUUGCCAUGGAAACAGUUCCUCGGGAGACCAAAGAGCUUGACGAUGAGCAAGAAGAGGGUGAUUUAGAGGAGUGGGACUUUAUGUUAGUCAAGAAGAAACCGAAGCCAAAACAAAAGAAGAUUCACUUCGUUACGGAACGAGACCUGCACUGUAAGGGCCAGUUUUCGAAGCGCGUCAAAGAGAUGGAGUCGUCAAAGGGUAUCCCGACAGCAUUCGAUGGCGCCAAGCCAAAAUCUGAGACGGCCAGAGACAAGGAAAGUUCACCUAUGGACCAUUACAGAGGAUACCCCCAGUCCAUGUCAGCCCCGCCCCUCACCCAAGAGGAAUACCUACGGAAAUACACAAGUACUUGGGAGCCCCUGAGUCUGAAUGCUCUGAUGGAGUACAAAGAGGUCAGCCGAUUGUCUGGUCAGGGAGACUAUCGCCACGGAAAGACCAGGAUGUGGUCUGCAGCGACUACGUCGUGAAGUUAAAACAGACAAUAGUGGUCUGUGCUGGCUCUUGUUGCAUAACGAAAAAAAGAGGUCAAAAUGUUUGUGGCCUGGACCAAUUAAAUAUAUAACUUCAACAUUCACAAACCUAUUUUAUCGACUGGCAAUCAGGCCAGCCAAGCAGUAACAAUUUGCAAGUAUGCAAUCAUCAUGGCAUUGAUAGGUGUCCUAAUUUGUCAGUUUUAUGUAAUGUUCUGCUUUAAUUGUAUUAAUUUUAUGAGCUUCCAAAUUACUUCUACUAAAGUAUCCAUUUUUUUGUUGGCAUAUUCUCUGCUUCAUUUUUACGAUGUACAGUGUGUGCCAAAUAAUGUUAUAAUACAUGUACAUAGGUCAAAUUUAUAGAAUAAAAACACAGAGGCCUAAAUCUAAGCACACAUACAUGUAAGCUAAUUCUUAGAUUAUUGCUAUAUUUUGCUAUUAAAAUGUAAUGUAUAUUUUGACGAUUUUAUAUAGACAGCAUUAUGUGAUAAAGAUAGGAAGCCAAAAUUGUUAAGGCUAUUCAUAAUUUUGUAAAAAAAAAAACAGCAAAAUUUUAUUGUUCACUAAAGAGUCCAAUUUGCUUGGCAAUAUACACAAAUAUGUAGUCAUUUCUGAAGAAGAAAAAACUUAUAGUUCUACACAAAAUAAUUGUAAUGUAGACUUCAUGAUAAUAUCAAGAUUAUGUGCUAUCAUUUAGAAGUUUAAUUCAAUGAAGAAAUUUUCAAUGAGCCAUAGCAUGGCCUAUAAAAUAAGGUGCUGUAUAAUACUUGGUAAAUCCAAGGCCUUGGUCACUGGUGACGGUCAUACACAGUUGAUUCUAGUACAUUCUGGUCAAAAGCGUUACAAAACAGGGUCAUAAUAACUGCGUGUAUGACUGACGACAGUGGCGUUGGUUAAACCAGUCCAUCCAGCCAGAAUUGUGGACAUUUAGUUUAUCAGGUUUUCAGCAGAUGGCAGCACUUGUUUACAAGCAAGAGACUGCAUGCAAGGUCCAACGAUGAGGCAGCAAGUGCCCUGUCUGGACAACUUGAAAUGUUUAGCGACCCUAGCAUCUGAUUGAAAGAAAAUACUGCUGCCUCUGUUGAUAACCUGACAACCUAAUGUGCGCCUGGCACCACUGAACUGAUGACUGGUGCUAGUUUCAAUGGUAACGGACCAAAGAUGGUAACCUUCUUACUUGGAGACAUUCGUUUCACUUGCGUGUAGACAACAAAAGAGGAAAUAACCAAUCAAACUAAUCAACAACUUUGUGCCCAAUUUUAGAAGGGGGGGAAUGUAAGAAAGAUUGUGUUCCUCCAAAAAGAUAUAUUGAGGUGAGGGCAGAUGAGCUCUAAUAAUAUAUAUGGGCAUUUUGAAGAAGAUAUAUACACUUCGAAUGAAAUGAAUGUGGUUCGCGUAGGGGUGCCAGAGGGACCUAGAUUGUAUAUAGUCUAUCCUAAAAAUACACAAGUCACACCCAAGACAGCUAGUAAUAUUUACUAGAGAAAUGUGAAUAAAACAAAAGAAUAUAAACUGAA